AUGGCCCAAACAAACGAGCGUAAAUUACAAUUCGUACUUACCAGCGACCAGGCCCUAAAACCAGUGGAGUACCUCGAGUUCACUGGGACUACCCAUACCGCGGGCAGCGACUCCUCCAAAACCUUUCACAUGUUCAACUUCGGGCGCAUGUGGAUGUCUCUGAAUAUUCGUGGUGGCUAUUCCGAAACACUCCAACACUUGAUAGAUAACCCCGGCGAGGACUACACAUUUACAGUCACCUACGUCAAAGGCUUCACUAGGGACGGGAGGGACAUGGUUCGGUUCUGCUACAACGACCCAGCUACCAAGAGCGAUACAUCCUCAUACUCGAAAGAAUUGCACGAUAUGUUAGGCAUGAUACAUCUCCUUGGCCCCUUCCCCGAGGCACUAUCGCGGUGGCUUGAUGCUAACCUAGAGGAGGUGGGGAAGACGGAGGACGAGGGACAGCGUGGCGACGAAGGAGUGCGUGUCGACAAGGGACAGCCACCCUCACUUGGCCCACCUUCUUGGGUUUGGUCCGAAGCAGACAGAGGCUACUGGCAUUGUAGGGAAUUCAACGCUAUAACAGGAGUCUAUGAAAGGAAAGUCGAGCUGCCUCAUCUUCGCCGCCGCCGCCAAGACAGGAAAAGGGCGUUUGAACAUAUUACGAAGCUGUACUCAAUGCUUGGACGAGCAGCGGUGUUUGAAGAUUCUCAUGCGGCGCCCAUUACAACAUAA